AUGGCACCUGAAAGUGGCAACUGCUGCACGUGCUGCCUCAGUUCCCUCAUCACCAUGGCCAUCACCGCUAUAUUCCUCUGGCUAACGUUCCGCACCAACAAACCCAAAUGCUUCAUUGAAUCCCUCUACGUUCCCUCCCUCCACCACCACAACAAAAACGACACUCUCGUCUUCCAACUCAAGCUUCAAAACGACAACAAGGACAAGGGGGUCAAAUACGACACCGUUUACCUCACGUUUGGCCUCUUCCUCGACAACACCACCACGCGCCCCCUCGCUAACGCCACCUUCGACGCCUUCUACCAGGGGCACGGCAAGACGGCACACAAGUGGGCCUCUGCUGUGGCGCGCGGUGGCGGAGUGAACCGCACUGCGGCGACGACGAAUGGAACGGUGUUCCUGCGCGUGGAUUUCACGACCAGGGUAAAGUAUAAAAUGCUGAUGGUGUUUUUCACGAAACGGUACCGUUUGUCCGGAGGGGCCAACGUGGAAGUGAAUGUUAGCUCCGGGGAGAAGGUGGAGCCGAAGGAGAUUAGGCUCGGGGAUGUGCCGCCCAGGCUCGUCUCCGAAGCUACCGGGGUUCAGGGUCGCUCCGCUGCGUUUCUCGGACUUUUUGUCACUGGCUGGUUUCUCACUGCGUUUACUUGA